AUGAGAGUCGCUUCUGUGCUCGGACUUGCUGGCCUGGUGGCCGUGACGCAGGCUGCCAGAAUUGCCAGAGAUUACAACAAAAACGAUUACUAUGUUCUGCAUCUCGAUCGAUCAACACCACCUAGCGAUAUUGCGGCUCGCCUUGGAUUAACGCACGAGGGCCAGCUUGGAGAGCUUACCGACCACCACGUAUUUCGCGCCGAGAAGCAUGACCGAGAUAUUGUCAAAGAUGAGGUGCGAGAACGCAAAAGGAGGAAACGAGACUUCGGCGGGCACGACAUCCUCGACGGAGUCCUCUUGACAACUAAGCAAGAAGCUCGCAGCCGCCUGCAAAAGAGAGUCAUCCCACCGAGGGACGAUGUGCUUCCUCGCCUCCCGCAAAACCAAAAGCCUGACGCUUCGGCGGUGCUCACGCAAUCAAAUGUCAUGAGAGACCUGGGUAUCGGCGAUCCGACUUUUACAGAGCAGUGGCAUCUAUACAAUACAGUGCAGGUUGGCCAUGAUGUCAAUGUUACUGGGCUCUGGCUCGAGGGUAUUACCGGCAAAAAUGCAACAGUCGCUGUGAUCGAUGAUGGCCUGGAUAUGUAUAGCCGAGACCUAAAGGACAACUAUUUUGCAGAAGGCUCUUGGGAUUUCAACGACAACGACCCUGAACCUAAACCGGUCUUAUCAGACGACAAACACGGCACCCGAUGCGCUGGCGAGAUAUCUGCAGUCAAGAACGACGUAUGCGGCCUUGGCGUUGCCUACGACUCCAAGAUUGCCGGCAUUCGAAUUCUCAGCAGCCCUAUCAGCGAUGCGGACGAGGCCGAGGCCAUGAUCUACAAAUAUCAGGACAACCAGAUCUACUCCUGUUCCUGGGGACCUCCAGACGAUGGCAGAUCUAUGGAAGCCCCUGAUGUCCUGAUUCGACGAGCUAUGCUCAAGGGCAUUCAGGAAGGCCGAGGAGGUCUUGGUUCCAUCUACGUCUUCGCAAGUGGUAACGGUGCCGCGAGCGGCGACAACUGCAAUUUCGACGGAUACACAAAUUCCAUCUUCAGCAUCACGGUCGGCGCGGUUGAUCGCCUUGGCCAACAUCCGUAUUACUCAGAACACUGCUCCGCCUUGCUUGUUGUAACCUAUAGUAGUGGCGGCGGUGAUGGCAUUCACACAACUGAUGUUGGAGAAAAUGCCUGUUAUGCAGCUCAUGGAGGUACAUCAGCUGCGGCACCGCUUGCGGCAGGUAUCUUUGCCCUGGUCAUGCAAGUACGCCCGGACCUGACUUGGCGAGACAUGCAGUAUCUUGCCAUGGACACUGCCGUCAAAUUGGAAGACGAGACAGACGCCGAGUGGCAGACCACUUCUGCUGGGAGACAAUUCAGCCACACCUUUGGUUACGGCAAAGUCGACUCUUACGGUCUGGUUGAGAAAUCAAAAACAUGGCAGAAAGUGAAGCCUCAGGCCUGGUACUUUUCUCCUUGGCUUCAUGUCAAAAAGGACAUUCCCGAAGGCAACGACGGACUGGCAAUGAGCUUUGACGUGACUGCUGAUAUGCUCAAAGAAGCCAACUUGGCUCGUCUGGAGCACGUCACUGUUACCAUGAACGUUGAACACACCCGCCGUGGCGAUUUGAGCGUGGAUUUGGUCAGCCCUGACAACGUCAUCAGCCAUAUUUCCGUUUCUCGUAAACAAGAUAACUUCAAAGGCGGUUAUGAUGACUGGACUUUCAUGUCCGUUGCCCAUUGGGGCGAGAGUGGCGUUGGACGAUGGACUGUCAUUAUUCGAGACACGGAAGUGAACAAUGAAAAGGGCAAAUUCAUCGACUGGCAUCUGAAGCUUUGGGGCGAGAGCAUUGAUGCUAGCAAGGCCAAGGCUCUACCUAUGCCGUCUGAGGAUGAUGAUGCCGACCAUGACGUGAUUCAAUCCACCGUUUCGGGACUGGCCUCUACCAAAUCGAUCGCGGUGCCAAGCACAACCAAGACGGCUGUCACCACCAACCCGACAGACCACCCUGUGCGCCCAACGAAACCCGGGGCACAGCCUACAGAAUCAUCGACCAAACCCCAAGAGACCUCUACCGAGGACAAGCCAUCAGAUACUGAGCACGAGGCUGCAACCGGGACUGAAUCUGCCCAACCAUCCAGCACGACUAGCCCAUCUUCAUGGGUCUCCUGGCUUCCUACAUUUGGGAACAAGGCUAAGAUCUGGAUCUAUGGCGCCCUUGGCCUGAUCGUUGCGUUCUGCUGUGGCUUAGGUGUAUACCUAUGGAUCGCCCGCCGCCGUCGCCUCCGCAAUAACCCCCGCAACAACUAUGAGUUUGAGCUUCUCGACGAAGAAGAGACCGAGGGUCUCAACAGUGCUGAGAAGGGUGCCAACGGUGGUAAAAAGACGCGCCGCACCCGUGGUGGAGAGCUCUACGAUGCCUUUGCCGGCGGUAGCGACGACGACGACGAGUUUGACGAGUAUAGAGAUCGAUCGGCUUCCCGGCUGGCGGGACACAAUCCCGAUGACGAGCCGGAACAUUAUGUCGUUGGUGAGGAGAGCGAUGACGAUGAUGAUGGUAACGAGAAACAGAGGCUAUCGAGUUGA